AGAGAGAGGCGCUCAUACAGAAGGAGGCAGAGGCAACAGCUACAGCAACAGCUCUCUCCUUCCCCAUCCUUCCUCUCCUUUCCCUUGAUUCCACAUCCACGUCGUUGGGAGACGGAUGGAUCCCUGACCUGCUGAACAGCAACUGGCCGAAGGAGAGGAGGGUCUCACGUUUGCCUGCUUAACGCAACGGGCUUUCAUUUGUUUUUUUUGUUUUUUUUUUACCGGGGUCACGAUAAGCAACAAGGAGUGAGAAGGAGGUGUGAAGUGUGCACACAUAAGCCUGUCGGCAGGAGGGAGGGCAGGAAGCAGAGCUGGGAAGAAGAGGAGAGUCAGAGGCAUGUUUGGAGCGCCGAGGAGUGAGACCGACUGAGGGGAGAGAUCAGAAGAUCACACCGGCGAGCCUCCCGAGCGGCCACGGCCACUUGUGGGCCAAGAGGAGAGGAAAUCAGAUCUGCAUACACACACAGCUGGACGGAUGAGGAGGCAUCAGGGACCACGCUUCCGUCCUGGGUGUCUGGCGCACUGACCCUGCCUGUAUCAGGCGAGGAGUCAGAGGACCAGCGCCAUGACUGACUCUCCUGGUCCUGCUGGUCGUGCCUUAGUGCCAUGGCCGAGGGUGUGGAAAUGGGUUCUGGCUUCCUUGCUGGUCUCUGUCAUAGCUUUGACUUUGCCAGAGAGCAGUAAGGCCUGUCCUCCACGAUGCGAGUGUUCAGCUCAUCUGAGGUCUGUGUCGUGUCAGCGGCGGCGGCUCACAAACAUCCCAGAAGGCAUUCCAACAGAGACGCGGGUCUUGGACCUCAGCAAGAACCGGCUCCGUUGGGUACAGUCGGGUGAUCUGGCACCGUACCCCCGGCUGGAGGAAGUGGACCUUAGUGAAAACCUCAUUGCCACAUUAGAGCCAAAUGCCUUUGCCGCUCUUCAGAAUCUUAAAGUCCUAAAGUUACGGGGGAAUCAGCUGAAGUUAGUACCUAUGGGGGCAUUUGCCAAGCUGGGCAAUCUCACCAGCCUGGAUCUAAGUGAGAAUAAGAUGGUGAUUUUAUUGGACUACACCUUCCAAGAUAUGAGGAAUCUUAAACAGCUGGAAGUUGGAGACAAUGAUCUGGUUUAUAUUUCCCACAAGGCAUUCUCUGGACUUCUGGGACUAGAAGAUCUCACAAUAGAGCGUUGCAACCUCACAUCCAUCUCUGGCCAGACGCUGUCCUACCUCCACAGCCUGGUCACUCUUCGCCUUCGACACCUAAGCAUCACUGCCCUGGAGGAUCAAAACUUUCGCAAGUUGAAUAAUUUGCGGGGUCUGGAUAUCGAUCACUGGCCAUACCUUGAGUAUAUCUCUCCACUUAGUUUUCAGGGCCUUGAUCUUCACUGGCUCUUCAUCACCAACACCAACAUCACUACUGUCCCUUCUAAUUCAUUCAAGAACCUGGUGCACCUCACCCAUCUCAACUUGUCCUACAAUCCCAUCACCACACUAGAGCCUUGGGCCUUCAAGGACUUGCUUAGGCUAAAGGAGCUCAUCAUGGUAAGCACUGGGUUGCUGACGGUGGAGCCUCAUGCCCUUGGAGGUCUCAGACAGAUUCGAGUACUCAACUUCUCCUCCAACGACCUGCAGACUCUGGAAGAGGGGUCCUUCCACUCUGUUAACAGUCUGGAGACCCUCAGAGUGGACGGGAAUCCCUUGUUGUGCGACUGCCGUCUGUUGUGGAUCCUGCAAAGACGCAAGACCCUCAACUUUGACGGCAGAGUGCCAGUCUGUGCAGGCCCGGUGGAGGUGCAAGGAGUCAGCCUCAGCGCCUUCUCUGACUCUGCUCUCUUCGAUCACUUUACAUGCCAGAAACCUAAGAUCCGCAACCGUAAGAUGCAGCAGGUGGUUGCUCGGGAAGGCCAGCCAGUGAGCUUUGUAUGUCGAGCUGACGGAGAUCCUACACCUGCCAUCAUCUGGAUCUCACCACUGCGUAGACGAAUCACAGCUAAGAGUUCAGGUCGCAUCACUGUUCUCCCUAGUGGUACUCUGGAGAUCCGCUAUGCUCAGCUCACUGACAGCGGGACGUACAUCUGCAUUGCCUCAAACGCUGGAGGCAAUGACACCUACUUUGCCACUCUCACAGUAAGAGGCCAGCCACUAGACUCUGCCUCCGCCUUCUUUCUUAACCGCUCUCUGUACAGCGGGGAGUACUUCAACGACACAAAUCUAAACAGCACACGGGUUUUCCUCAAGUUCACCUUGGACCUGACCACCAUUUUGGUCUCAACAGCCAUGGGUUGCAUCACGUUUCUCGGAGUUGUUCUCUUCUGCUUCCUGUUGUUAUUUGUGUGGAGCCGUGGACGCGGCCAGCGUAGGAACAACUUCACAGUGGAGUACUCGUUCCGGAAAUCUGAACCCACCACGGGGAGCUCUACAGGAGGGACCAGGAAGUUUAACAUGAAAAUGAUAUGAAACAACGCAGCCAGGGGUCCCUCAGGGGAGGCAUAAGCACGUCCCAAAGACGUGUUUGACACACGCAAACACACACAGCCACUAACUCACAAAGAAGUUUGAGAGCACAACAUUAGCUUGUGUCUAUUGCUCUGCUCCAAAUUGGGUGGCCACCUCAAAACUACAGUUGUGAUUUAAUUUGACCUAUGCUUGAAAUUUAAAUUACUUUGAUGUCUCCUCUUCGCAGUGGUUUUCUUUAGAUUGUGGUGUUGAAUGCUACUGUACGUAACAGUAGUAGAGUUUAAUUAAUCGAUUAUGCUUGACAAUAAUGUUGUCGUAAGAAACAGACAUCAGUGAUAAGUUAUAUUUGCAACACGAACAGCACUUUCUUGGUUAUUUCAACAAAUAAAAAGAAAAGGCUAGAAAUCGGUAAAGAAUGUCCUGGAGGCCACCGAUUUUAAGCGUUCAUUUGAUCUUUACUUCUUUGUGAGAUUCUGCCCAAACAUGAGCUGUGUGAGUUUGGGACGAGUGUACCGGUCAAGAGGUGCUGCGGUUGCCUGUGACUCAGACAAUUAAAAAUUAUGAACACCAAACACAGGCCACCACAGGAACCAAAUGAACCAAUGCAAGAGAGAGCAAAUGGUCCAGGCUGACAGGAACAGAGGGUAAACUGAGUAGUACGAGCGAGAAUACAUAAGCCUUUUUGACUUGUGUUUUGCUCCCCUACACAAACCCCUGAACUCUGGUCUCUGCUGCAUUGGUGGCCACCCUAACCUUCCUGGUGCUGCCCGGGGGGAGCAGCCUGGAGAGUUGGGUCUUAUUCAGAGGCAGAGACAGGACACGUAGUUUCACAAGACAAACACUUCUCCAAAUUGGGGAUGACACACAGUAGAUAACAUAUUGCACCUUUUCUCAGGAAGAGCAAAGUAACAAACCAACAGAAAAAAGAUUUCAUUGAACACAUUUAUUUGCUAAUUGUAACAUUCCAGCAAUACUGCAUGUAUAGCCAUAUAGCCAAUACUGGAAAUUUGUGACUGAAGAAACAAAGCCAUAAUUUGUGUAGGUUGAAUUUUUAUAUAGCGUGUGCAUGAUUUAGUCAUAUAAUUAUCACUACUGCCAUUUUACAAGCGGUCCUGGUGUUCACAAGAUUAUCCGGUGUCGCUGAGCUUGCAGUACGUUCCACAGAAUAACACAAACAAACACAAAGGAACAACAGUCAUAGUUGCACAAGAGCAAACAAACCCGACAUGGCACACACAAGCACAAGUCUAUAAUUGUGAUGCUGACUUCUCUUUCUGUCUCUGAAACGGCCGGUGCAUGAAUGUCUCUGCCCCCCUAGCCCAGUGCAUCCCCCCCUUCACACCCCACCCCCACACACCCCCACUGGGUCCUCCUUUGGGAGGGGUCCCUGGCUGGAGACUGAGGAUUAAAAUGUAAAUGAAGUUGUGUUCACCCUACCCACACACACCAUGUGCAUCGUAUAGUGGAGAGUAGUACUGUGGUCUCAAUGGCAAAAAAAUAACAAAAGGUUUUAUUUUUGGGAUUUUUUUUUUUCAAGCGUUACGUUGCAUAUUUGUUUGUCCCUUAUUUUUAUUCUGUUCAGUCGUUGUUGUCUGUGAGCUUCUGAAUGUUCACUGUGUUAAAGCACCUCAUCCACCAUGAGACGUUAUUCUGUUCUCAACACCUCACAAAGUGAUCUAAAUGGAGCCUGCGAACAAAAUAUAAACUGCUCAGAAACUUGAGUUAAUAUAAACUGAUGGUUUUUGAUGAUGGCAAAACAAACAAACAAAACAGUAGUUCUGAUGACUCCUGAGCAAGAGGUGUUAAACUCAAGACAUUGAGGGUCUGUAAUUUGCAUGUUCUAGAUGUGUCUGUGCUUCAACACAUUUGAAUCAAAUAAUUAUGCUGAUAGUAGAAUGUUGCAGAACUCGACUGCAUCAAUUCAGCCGUUUAAUUCAGGUGUGUUGGUCCAGGAAGACAUUAGAAAGUUGCAGAACGUCUGCACUGAUGGCCUGGAGUCCAACACCCAGGAAGUAAACCAUAAAGUUUAUAUUGUUCAUUAUUUUAACAAGCAAAAUUGUUUUGCUCGGGUGAAAAGCUCAGUGUCCACCGAGCUUUCUUUCAAGCUGAACAAUAAUAUGCAUCGUUCAGUCGCAUGCAAUCACCAUUCAUGCCAUCUUCCAUGUUCAUCAGAAAUGAAACCAACUGAGUUGAGCACAUUCUGGGCGAAGAUAUGAAUACCAGUGGGAUUUGAUAGUACUGAUUUGAUUAUAGCCACAGAUGCCAAAAUUAAAAUCUCAGAAUGGUGUCAUACAUAAUCAGUCAGAAAACCAGGAAAAUGUCAUUUAGUUUUCAGUAACCAGGCUAAAUGCUGUUCACAACACAAGCCAAAACCAAACUAUUUCUCAAUAUUUUCAACUGGCUUAAUGAAACACAGAAAUGUUAUAAGUGUAAAUGAGCAGUUUAUUCCAGUCUGUUUCCCUUUUAAAUCAGACUUGAACUCAAGUGGAUGAAUUGGGCCCUUCAGCUUAGUCACAAAAUUAGGACUUUUCCAGCUUUAACCUAUACAAAUUAAAGGCACCAAAAAUACGUAGCUCAGGUGUCUGUGCCGGUUGCCACAGGUAUUUAACUUCACUCCUAUUUUACCGGUUAGCAGUAAUGGUCAUUUGUCUCAUGGGUGGAUAAUUUACACCUCUUCUAUGGUGCCUUACUUUUACCACUUUCAGUAGAUGUAAUAUUGGGUUCAAAAAUUUGUAUGCUACUUCUGUGACUUUCAUUGCCAAAAAAAACAUCUAAUUUGGUCAGUAAAUAAAUAAUAGAUGCAACCAAGUCGAUUAGUAUUGCUAGGAUUGGCUUGUUAAUAAAUAGCAUCCUACUUGUCUAAGUAAUAAACAGAAUGUUUUUUUUGAGAAAAGGUUUUAAAAAUGGUUAACAGACAAAAUACACUGAUAGUUGAAAAUUGUGUUCUAGUGACAAAAAGACAUGAAACGGUUUUGAAUCAAAAUCUCAGCGUUAGCUUCCAAAACAAACAAAAAAAGUCCUCAUAUCCAACACAAUCUGGGCUCUCUCAGAUUGUCUCCGGUCAAUUUUUGAACGGGCCAAUCAGCGAACAGAAAGAGAAUCGUGAACGAUGACGUCAAUCUUCUGCGCUAAUCAACACUGGCAGCCACUUCUUUCGGAUGAGCGCUUCUUUCUCUUCGCAGUGGAGGACGGUUGUUUACAGUGUAGGCAAUUUCCGGUAAGUGGCGUCGAACUUGCGCAUUUCAUUCGUCACGAGCAAACAUAAAAUUUAAAAUUUAAAACCUCGACACAGUCCACGCCUCCAGGAAGCGUUCGGUUCUGAACAGCUCAGUCCAGAUCCUCUGUACGAAGCAAAGUGUUAGUACAAGGGAGUGGUUCUUACCGGGCUGGUGAGCGCAAAAUGUCAAUUUUUUUCUAUUUCUGGAAGCCAUACAGUGGAAAAGUUACAACUCAGUGAUCAAAAGAAAGACCCUCUUUAUUAGAACAAAUUCAUGGUUUGGGUAUAAUUUGCUGCAGGAGAGAGAACUCUCUUGUUCCUUUAAGAUGAUUUAUGCAAACUCCAUUUUUGUCCCUUGUCAGGGAUGAUGAAACCACAGAUUCUUUGUCAAGAUGAAUAACUAAACAGCUGUUAAAAGAUUCAUGAGACAAAAUGAGAACGGAUGGCAAAACUGGCCUGAUUUCUACCGCUACUGUUAACUGCAGCCAUUUCGGCUGCCGUGGUGUUGAGAACAGGAUGUUGCCUCCAUGUCACUUCUCCCUAAGCCAUCCCUCUGGUGUUUCCAUUUUCUGGUAUUUCUCAGUGGAAAUUAGGUUUAGAAGACAGUAAGAAUGUCUGUAGUGAUUGUCGAUGGUGUUAUUGUGUAAACAUCAUGCAGAAUUGUAAGUGUAGAUGAGUGUUUCAUUUCGUUUCCUUCUCUUGCCUCUAACCCCUUUCUCCCCCAGGUCGUCUGCCCCUUUUCUUUCUGUCGUCUUCUUAGCAUUUCCGAUCUCUGUUGUCCCUGUUCACAGUAUUAGGCCGGAGUAUGGUUGUGUGGUAGUAGAUGCGUGUCCUGUGUGGUUGGUGAGUCGGUGUUGUAAUGUAAUGAUUCGUCGCUACUCGUGAUGCCACCAAACACAGAGCAGUGAUUGGAUCAGCGACUAAGAUGAAAGGGGUGACCCAGGUUCCCUAAAAAAAAAAAU